UAUUAUUAAAGGGUAACAAAAACGUUAAUAAUCGUAAUAAAACAAAUUGGUAACUAAGAACACGUCCAUCUUCCUCAAGGGGUCCAAAACACAGACGACCAAACUCUCUGGACUGCCCUUCAGUGAUGAUGAUGAUAAGAUUCUUUGAUGACCUUGCUUGACGAAGACAUCGACCGGAAACCGACAUGGCAUGAUGGCAAGCGGCGGCGAAGGAAGAAUCAGAAACGGCAAGCAACAGCGGCCAAAAAACUGACGAUCUUUAUGGACUCCCCUUUAGCUGCAACGUCGACCUCAGGCGACAACCGGAUGGAGAAGGGACGACAGACGGAGACCUCAGGCGACAACCGGAUGGAGAAGGGACGACAGACGGAGAACUAGGGACGACGGCCGGAGAACUCGGGACGACGCACGACGGAGAACUCGGGACGGCGAAGGGACUAGGGAUGACGGACGGAGAACUAGGGACGACGACCGGAGGAACUUGUGACUUGACGUUUCGCCUGCCUGCUUGCGGGAGGAAUAAUGAACAGACGAAAAUAAA